UGUAGCAGCGGUCGGGAAGACUCUUCAAUUCAGGGCCUUCAGGGCCGCCGGGACCAAGAUCCUUUGAAUGGCGGAGGAAUCAUAUGACAUCUAUGUGAAGAACACCUUUUUGGUCUUCGAACCAGCGGCUCGAGCCAAGACGGAAGGUCGUAGGCUCCGAGCUGCUUCGUGUCCCGCGAAGUGGAGGGUGCAUACCCUCGGGUCGGUAGUGCCCGUGGCCACCAUGCGGCGUACGUCACAGAUGACAGAUGCUGACUUGCUUGUUGAGAAGACCAGUUUUGCCCAAAGCACCUCGAGCACCAUGGCUUCUUGUGAGUCACGUUCGGAUGCAGAAUCCACCGAGUCAAGUGCUGUGGUCGCCCACAGCGCGGAUGCGGUGGACGGGGAGGAAACAGCCGAAGAGUUGGAGAUGCACAGGAAGAUCAACAGGCAGCUGUCAGCAGGUUCUACGCCGGCUGCGAUUUUGCACGUGGUCGAGCGAAACCUCAACAACAUGAACGGCAUCAACUUGUCCACAGCUUUUCAUCGUCUCAGUCGAUGUCGGCAAGGAUUUAAUGGAUUUAAUGGUUCACAGGGAAAGGUGCUUGCGGCCAUGCUACAGUUGGCAGAGGCAAAGGCAACGCAAGAGUUGCACUGCGGCGAUGGAACGCUGCCGGCCAAUUGUUGCACCAUCAUCGCCUGGUCCUGUGCGAUGUUGAAGGUCUUUUCGGGGCCUUUGUUCUCCAUGCUGAUUGCGGUCGUGGAGCUGAGUGGUAGCGCCUGUGAAGUUUACGAGGUCAGUAACCUUCUUUGGGCAUGUGUGCAAUAUCAGAAAGCCGCCUUCCACGCGGACCCCGUGGGCCUCGUGGGCUUGAGCUCCCCGCCAGCCUUUGUUGCUGCAGAUUACAAUUCCCUGGCGUGCAUUUUGUGUGGCUGUUUCGCCCAUGGCCAGUUGGAUGGCAUCAAGACGUCUGUCUUGGUGUCUGCAUUUACUUCAACAGCAGCAGUAAUCCAGCAGUCGGAAUUUAAGCGGAUGCUGCUGAACAACUUCAGAGAUGUGCUCAGGAGGAGACUCACAGAGCUGAGUGAGCUACAGCGAAAGUUGGUUUUUGGACCCAAACGCAUGAGUGCAUGACUAAACUGGUGUCCCAGGAAAGUCAGCACUCUUUUGAGUCUGGAACCUCCGCACACUGUGGCAUGCCACUUUUGGCUCUGGAAUUGUUUGUAAAAUCAGAGCAUGUCGGCUCGGGCGGUCGCCUGUACGGCUGUACGGGGACCUGCAUUUAUAUUGACAGAAACCACAGGGCUCGUGAAGGACCCGAUCGCAUCGGCUCGUGCCUUGCGGGAAUACAUGUUUCCAGUCACCUGAUGUGACUAAAGUUGAUGAGAGUACAGACCAGCCGUGGAUCGCGGAUCGAAGCCUGGAAUCCGCUUCCCGGCAGACAGAGGGCUCAUUGGGUCCACCUUGCUACUCCGGAAGUUUAUGGCAGUGGUGUGCCAGUGGUGCCAUGAGACACAUGGUCAAGUCGGUCGCAGAACCAAGAGAACAACAUGGGAGAGCGCAU